GAAUGCGCCGUGGAAUUCAGGGAAGAUGUGCAGGAGGGCAUCCUCGCGACCAGCGAUGGGCCGGGAAGGCAGAUCACCAUGAGCUUCGAUGGGGCCGAUGUGGUCGGCAUCCACAUCUUCCUGCACAAAGAGCGCGGAAAUGUGGUCGACUGGCAGAUGGUACACAAGUCGGGGCGAGUGGGGCCGCGAGCAACCAGGAGCCCCAAUGCUGGUCAGAAAGAGACCCUCUGGUUCUUGGAUCAUUUCCACGGCUUGCAGUUCGCUGAGUUGGAUCAGAAAGGCAUCGUGGACGUGGGUAUCCUCGACCCACCCUGGUUCUGCGAGGCCUGCUGGAACCAGCUGCAGCUGCGGCAGUACAGGUCGCAGCAGUAUUUGCUGCCUUGGCCCAACUACAAGUUCGUGCGAGCCCAACUCGAAGUUGGUAUCCCGCUUCGGAGCACGCUGCUUUCGAGCCUGGAAGGCCAGAUCGUGGUUCAUCCGAAGACUGAGGCGUGGCCCGAUAGGGCCCGCAUGGCGGUCGUCGAGCACGGUAUUUGCAUCCUUCCGUCUGUGCUUGCAAGCGAGACAAUCGAGAUCUGGAAGAAGGGUUGCCAACGGCUGCACCAGCAGGUCGAGGAGUUCGGCUUCAGUGAAAAUCGCGGUCACGGGCGAUUUUCGUUCGGCACUGCUUUCAAGAAGGGCAACUGCCUUCACGAGCCAGAAUGGGCGCAGCAGAUCGCCGGCGUGCCGGCAGUUCUGCAGGUCCUGGAUGCUGUUUGGGGUCAGCGCAGUGCCUACCGCUGCUGCGGCGGUGGCGGAGAGUGCGUCGCGCCCCAGUGCUGGGACUAUCAGCGGCUUCACAGCGAUGUGGGAGACCUGGAUGCGAAUCCGCUCCCUCGCUUUCUUUCAGUGAACUUCACCGUUUGUGACAUUACUGCCUUUAAUGGGCCCACACGCCACGUCCCGGGCACCAUGCACAAGGAUCCAAGGAAAGUGCCCUGCGUGGGGCUGGAGACCCCCAGGUUCUUGCUCUCGACAGUCGCGCCUCUCCAGGCAGGCGCUGCCAUCAUCAGAGACGUGCGCGCCUGGCACGGCGGCACGCCCAACGUGACAGAAGUCCCGCGGUACCUUCCGUCCAUCGAGUACGAACCUCUCUCAGAACCAUUGCAAGAGAGGUCGCUGCCGCGCAGCGUUUACUGCAGUUUGCCACCGGAAGCUCAAGAGCUGUGCAGAGACAUCGUCGCCUUUGAGGGCGAGCAGAUCGACUGCAGCUUCCGCGCAUACCCAGCAGACAUGCGGUCGUAA